AUGAGUGUGUUUCUGACGGUGCCGGUCGACGAUUUCGUCACCGACCGCGCCACUCUUUUCGUGGCGAUCGUCCAGUUGGGAUACGGACUUCCCUCCUUCGCCCUCAUGCUCUUUUUCCUCUUCUUCCUCGGACACGCAAAGGCCUACACAAACUCGUUCUAUCGAUUGGUCCAAAUGGAUUUAUUGAUUGUGAGCAGGGGUGUGCGGAAAAUUUUUAUCGGAAAAUUUCGGAAAAUCGGUUUUUCCGAAUUUUUUUUUCGGAAAAUUUCGGAAAAUCGGGUAUUCCGAAUUUUUUUUUCGGAAAAUUUCGGAAAAAUCGGAAAAAUCGGAAAACUCACUUGUUCAUUGGUUCAAUAAAGUGUUUAAACAACGUUCUAAUACAAAAAAAUGCUUAUUAUGAUUUGAAAUCACUUGAGUGGGCGGAAGCCAAGCAAUGGAAUAUUUUUUUGCAAAAAAAUUAGCCGAGAGAAGCUCUCCGGGUCCAGUGUUUUCCGAUUGUCAGUGAGAAUGAGACGCGCGGUUGAAAAGAGUCGCUCCGUGCGUAAAAUUUAAAAAUCAAAUUUAAAAAGACGCUCGCUGCUAGACCCUUCCAAAAAUUUUGUGAUGCGCCUUUAAAAAGCAUACGGUGGUUUCGGACAAAUUGACCUUGAAUCCACACUAAUUUUCCGUCGGAAAAUUUUCCGAAAAUUUCUCGGAAAAUCGGAAAAUUUCGGAAAAUCGAAAUAUUUUCCGCACACCCCUGAUUGUGAGUGUGUCGUAAGUUUGUUCAACAAUAUCCCAUUAAAAUACUUUCAGAAUGUGCUCUACUACAUCAACUCAUUUCUGUCGGGACGAAUCGUCAGAUACCCGUCCGGACUGAAUGUUAUCACUGGAAUCGAGCUGUUCAUUCCGGGUCUUCUGACGCUUUCCACGUAUUUGGUCAACUUCUUCAUGCAUCUUCAGUUCUGCACGGCGUUCGCGUUGAGCGCCCAUCGCAUUUCGGCCAUCUACUUUUAUUCGCAACACGACUAUGUAAGUACGUUUUGACCUACUUUUUUUCGCACAAUUCUCGACAAAGUGAACUUCUUUCCAGAAAUGGUCUCGUUGGUAUCCGUUCGUCGGACUGCUCUUCGUCCUCUACGCAAUUUCCACAAAUCUCUCGCUCCCCGGCACCAAAGCCUCGGUUUUCAUGGCGAACGGAACCCUGAUGGCCAGUGUGGACGUGGAGGAUUUCAAUCGGAGCACCCAGAUGAAGACGUUCUACUCGUUCGUCUACUUUACGAUUCUCCUCGUUCUCUGGCUGUUCACCUCCGUCUGUGUUCCCCGAAAGUUCAGAGAUCUCAUCAAAACGCGCGGAUCUCUGAGUGCGUCCGUUCGGAAAAUGACGGAAAAACUGACGAAAAUCGCGCUGACCUACUGCCUCCUCUACACUGGAUUCCUCAUCUGGAGCGUGUUCACCACGUUCACCACUCUUCUCAAUCUUCUUCCGAAUGUGCUCAACGACAAUCACUGGGCGCUCUUGAUCUACUCGACCGACUUGGUAAUAAGAAACUAUCUUUAGAACAAAGAGAACAACGUUUGUUGACAGAUGACACUGGCCCUUCCGUACAUUCUCAUCGCGUUCGAUAACAAUGUGAAAAACGAUUUGGGAUUGUUACGAAAGGGAAAUGAGGCGUCGAAUGAGCCGAAUGAUGUACAGCCUUCUAGAAAUAGUUCUUUCUUUGUAUAAAAUAACACAACUUGAGCAUCUGUCAACUUCAAAAUGCAACAAAAUGGUUGAAUUGAAAUCGAUUCUUUUGUGCCAGUACCCCCGUUCUAAUCACAUUAAUCUCCUCGAGUCCCCCCAAUAUUACGUGCCCUUUCCUUCAGAGUGAAAUGCCGUAAAACUAGUAAUCAUGCGGCGGAGUGUCUACAAAAUGUGUGAUACUUCCUCGAUGCUCGCUCCGGAAUGAGUACGUACAUUACGAAACCGUCGAUAUCGUUCCUGACCGAACCGCCCGCCGCUUGCCGAUUAUUGUUCAGUUGUGUUACGGUCUACCUUCUUUUCUACUCAUCAUUUUCUUUCUUUUCUACCUGGGAUGCGCGAAGGCGUACAAGAACUCGUUCUAUCGACUUGUUCAAAUGGAUCUGCUUAUUGUGAGUCAACUAUUCCUAAAAAGCUCUGUAUCUCAACUGCCUGUAGAGAUAUCAAAAAGUGGUCAACUACUAAAAUGUACAAAAUUUUUCAGUGAACAUUUUAUUAGUUGACACCUUUCCAGUACCUCUACCGAUAGCUGAGGUAUAUUAUGUUUUGAGAACAGAACGCGUUUGGCUACUUGAACACGUGGCUCUCCGCUCGACUAAUCCGAUACCCGGACGGUAUAAACAUCAACGUUUUCCUCGAGCGCACAAUACCCGGACUCAUGUCCUGGCCCGCCUAUCUCACCAAUUUCUUCACUCACAUGCAAUUCUGCUCAGCAUGCGCCUUGAACAUUCACAGAAUCACGGCAAUCGUGUACUACGACAAAAAUGAGCAGGUAAGGUGCCGUUUCUGACAAGUGGAACCCGAGAUUGCAGACGUGGUCCCGUUGGUACCCGCUCUUCUUCCUCGUCUCCUUCUUCUACAGCUUCCUUCCGGGCUUCUCGCUGCACGGCGAAAUGGUCCGAGUGGAGCUGAUCAACGCAACUCUGAUGAGCACCAUCAACGUGGAACACGUGAACAGCGGUAUUUAUCGAAAGUCCGUCUACUCGAUCGUCUAUUUUCUCAUCCUCAUAGCCCUGUUAGCAUCCACUUAUUGGCUGGUGUACCGGACGAGCACAAGUUAGUUUGCACUCGAUAAUAUCGUCGAGAAACAUGAAAAACUGUCAUGUUCAGCGUCGAACCGGGCAAUUCAAAAAGUGGCCAAGAAACUGACACGAGUGGCGUUGGUCUAUUGCGUCCUGUACACUGGCAUCAUUGCGUGGACCGUAAUCACCGUCCUCAACACCCGUUUCGCCGUUGUUUCGACCGAACUGCUCGAUAACCACUGGGCACUUCUCAUGUUCGUUUCGGAUUCGGUUAGUUCUGUUCAAAACCCCUCCCAAAGAGUGUUUGUUCAUUCGAUUUCAGGUCUUCCUCUCCCUUCCUUACAUUCUUCUGUGUUUCGAUUCGAAUGUCCGCAAACACUUGAUUCGACGGAAAUCCUGUGUGAUCUCAGCGAGUUCAUAG